AUGCAAAAAAGGAGUAAUACUAGAAGUAGUAGAAGUAAUAGAAGUAACAGAAGCAGAGAAGUAGUGGAAAUAGUAGAAGCAGCAGAAGUAGUAGAAGUAGUAGAAGUAGAGAAAGAAGCAGAAACAGUAGAAGUAAUAAAAAAUAUUGGUAAUUGA